AUGGGAAGGGGUAGGGUUCAGCUGAAGAGGAUAGAGAACAAGAUCAAUAGGCAAGUUACUUUCUCAAAGAGAAGGUCUGGUUUGCUCAAAAAAGCUCAUGAGAUCUCUGUUCUCUGCGAUGCUGAGGUUGCUCUUGUCGUCUUCUCUUCCAAAGGCAAACUCUUCGAAUAUUCCACCGACUCUUGCAUGGAAAGGAUACUUGAACGGUAUGAUCGCUAUUUGUAUUCAGACAAACAACUUGUCGGCCGAGACAUUUCACAGAGUGAAAAUUGGGUUCUUGAACAUGCUAAGCUCAAGGCAAGAGUUGAGGUACUUGAGAAAAACAAAAGGAACUUUAUGGGGGAAGAUCUUGAAUCGUUGAGCUUAAAAGAGCUUCAAAGCUUGGAGCAUCAGCUCCACGCUGCUAUCAAGACCAUUAGGUCAAGAAAGAACCAAGCUAUGUUUGAAUCCAUAUCAGCUCUCCAGAAGAAGGAUAAGGCCUUGCAGGAUCACAAUAAUAUGCUUCUCAAAAAGAUUAAGGAGAGGGAGAAGAAAACGAGUCAGCAGGAAGGACAAUUAGUCCAAUGCUCUAACACUUCUUCGGUUCUUCAACCCCAAUACUGCUUAACCUCAUCCAGAGAUGUCUUUGUGGGGAGAGUUGGAGGAGAGGACGGAGGUGCAUCGUCGUUGACGGAACCAAACUCUCUUCUUCCAGCUUGGAUGUUACGUGGGACGACGAAUGAGUAGAAUUAUCGAUAUAUUUAUACAUAUGAUAAGAUAAGUAAUGGUUAAUGUUCUCAUAAUAUAUUACAACGUUUUGGUG